AUGUCAGUUGAAGGAGCGCCAGUCAUGCUGGGACAAAACUCUGCUUUUGGUGCGCUGGUGAAAGCCGAUGCACCACACAUCAUUGUGACGCACUGUGUUCUGCACAGGCAUGCGUUGGCAACAAAAAAUUUGCCUCCAAAACUGGCAGAAGUAUUAAAAAUUGUAGUGGAUUGUGUAAAGUAUGUGCGAAAUAGUGCUCUGAAGCACCGCAUCUUCAAAGAGCUGUGUAAUGAAAUGGGCUCUGAAUUCGAGCAGCAACAUUGUCAUGCAGAUUGCUUCGAAAAUUCUGAGUUCAUUCUCAUUUUGGUGUACAUGGCCGAUAUCUUCGAUGCUCUCAAUCAUCUCAAUCAGCAGAUGCAAGGCGGUGGCGCCAACAUCAUCAAAGUGGAAGAAAAACUGAAGACUUAA